GGGGAAAGAAGCCCUCUGACUACACGUGGAGCAGCAGCGCCCCGGCCAAGUGCUUUGAGUAUUAUGAAAAGACACCUCUGACCCUCUCACAGCUCUGCAGGGUGAGCUUGAGGAAGGCCGCUGGCGUUCGAGAGUUGGAGAAAAUUGCCAAGCUAAACAUCCCUCCCCGACUUAUUGACUAUCUUUCCUACAACUGAGCUGCAGACUGGGGGCCAUGUGCAGGCUGCUGACUUGCUUGGCUAGCGCCUUGCUGGACCCGGCCUCGGGCCUUCUGGCUGUUUGAAACACCAUCGAUGCUUUAGAUAGACUGAUGCUCCUUCAAGUCCCUUCUAGCUGCCCUGUUUGGUGUUCUCUCCUGAAUCCUGGAGAAGAUCUGAGGUCUCUGGAGGCCACUGUCAAGUGUCCCAGGUGUGGAUGUAACUCUUGCUGAUCCUAGCUCAGCUCUCCAGUUCUCUUGAAACUGACCUGAAGACACUGCUUCAAGGUGUACAAGGGAGGCCAGGCAGGACCGGAGACUCAGGAUACUGCUGUCCAUUUUCCUGUGUCCUGGUGCCAGGCUACAGUAGCAUCAGGUCCCAAGCGCCUGACUCUGGUCUGGGAUGACAGCUUUUCUGGCGUUUUGCCACUUGGACACUCUUUCGGAGGGAGCAUCUGGCACUUUCCAAGGUCUGCCUGCACCCAGGUGUAUCUGUCACUCAGGGGCUUUCUAAAGAUCAGAGUGGGGAAAGCUCAGGCUCGGUGCCCCCACAUCUAGCAGUGUUUUGGGGGAUGUCUGUCUCCAGUAUUAGGAUACAAGUCUCCAAGUUUCUGUUGGGAGCUGGCUCAGUGGUUGAGAGUACUUGCUGCUCUUGCAGACCAGAGUUCUGUUCCAAGCACCGAUAGUCUGGGGCUCACAACCUCCUGUAACUCCAGCUCUGAGGGAUCCAGCACCCUCUUCUGGCUUCCACAGGAACUGGCACACGUGUGUGCAUACACACACACACA